GGGGGGGGCUAUUUUUAGCGGUCCAACUUUGACCUCCAAACGAAAGAGGGUGGCACAUAAUCACAAGAACCGCAUAAUCAACCAUCCGUUUCAUGUCUUUCCGGUAUUUUACGCUCCAGUCUGAUCGGGGUCCAAAACAAAAGUUUCUCCCCCGUUCAUCAUGAGCUUCCUGGCGACUGAAGAGGACAAGACAAUUCUGAGCGAGGCAUUCGCGUUCAUCGCAGCGUGUGGCAGUGAAACUUCCUCUGUCAGCGUCGAUACUACAGAUGAUAACAGUGGCUUGGAUGACGUUCCCUUUCUCGAUGACCUCAUCGACAGCAACAGCCUCGAGUUACUAAAUGGAUCUGACAUCAACGAACAAGACUCAACAUCCUCCGUCGCGCCUGCAGUAAAAGCAAAGCCGCAGAAACCCAAGAAAAAAUCAACGAAAAAGCGACGAGUGAGGAGUGCUGAGACGUCAUCAACUGGGCUGCAGCGACGGAAAAGGGCGGAGUUAGCGAGUUUACGCGAGCAGGUGGAGGAGUUACAAGGCGUUCUUGAUCAGUUAAAGCGCGCUGGUCCUCUUGCUUUGCCACUCAGUAAAGAUGGAGUCGAUACGUUUGAGUCGGAUAGGGGAACUCAAUGGCACAGCCACGCAGUGGAGCAGUAUCGACUGCGCUUACAGGCGGAGAAAGUCAACCGACAACUCAAAGCUAUCAUGAAGAACCACAUCAAAGUUCGCGAAUCAUUAGGCGGUGUUUUACAGAAACGAUCUGUGCUUUACGGUAUGGACUACUUGAUGAAUGACAAUGCACCAAGGUGUAGCGCUGUUCUGCAUGGAGCCAAUCAUGUCGAUGCUUGGAUGGCGCGUUUAGAGAAUACAACCGAGCACCUUCGUCUACUUUCCAGGUCCAGAUUCGAAACGAAUCAGCAUCUGGUGUUGGUAAACAAUUCUGUACAGUGUAAAUACGACGAGCGCCGCAAGACGAAGAUUAUCGAGUUUGAAACGACCACGCCUUUGAACUGCUCGCUCCAGGAAGCCAGCAGCUUCCUAUGGACCGACUUCCAAUCUGACAGGAUUUUGGGGAACAAGCCCGACACGCUCAUAAAGAAAGUGGUGUUGACGAUGCCCAGCCGCAAGGGGACAAUUGCAGCUGAAAAACUGCAUUUUCUCCGCAAAUACCAGAACGAGGAUGAGAUGGUGCUCACCUGGGCCGAUAUCAUGGUUUUACCGACGAAAAGAGAGCUCCAGUUCAGGACAGAAGGCAUUAUCGUGCUCUCUCCUUCCACGACCAAACCCGACCAGACCACGUGUCGUUCAUUUCUGAAAUUGUAUCUGGACACCAACGACAUUGACUAUCAACUACGACCAGAGGAUGUUGCCUACGCCCAAGAUAUUGUUCUUGGUGCGAUGACUAUGAAGCUCCGACUGUACUGGCAGUCGUUUCAAAACAUGUUGAUUGAGGGGGCUACUCGAACACCAUACACCUGUUAGCUACACUUUCUCGCUUUCAACUAUCAGUUUCUUCUCCGCUUAGUGACAACAAUGUACCAUUUAAAUUCCGACACAAUAUGCAGACUCACUAAGCUUCACGAUGGUUCUUAUCAACAAGAAGUAUCCUCUGACGAGCUCAUAUUUGCGGAUCAUUCUUUGUACUGUCGCGUAUAUUCACCAAAAAGUUGGCAGGGGCUUACACAAAGGGCAGAAGAAAGCAUGACCCAUAGAAAAGAGAAACUGAAGACUCGCUUUUUUGGUACAAAAAAAGAUUUUUUUGCUAGCACAUUUCUGGACGGAGCAGCCGAGCUACAAAUACAAGUGGAUGGAAUGGUCAAACCGACUGGUGUUUAAAAGUGGUAAGCCAAGAACAGCAGACUAUCAAUUUGGCGAAGGUUACGCACUGGACCACACAGCGACGUCACGAAGAAGAGUUCUACCGUUCUUAAAUUGACCGAAAUUGUAUGAAAUAGUACCAACAUCUCGCGUUUUUUUCCCCUAGUGUUAUGAAUUACAGUAGUUGGGGCGAUCAAAUUGGAAUUAACGUCCUUCCUCAUUCUUAAACU